GUAAAAAAUAUCACUGUGUGUUUGGCUCCUCCAGGUGAUGGCGAUGAUGACGAGGAGGAAGGUCGUGAGGAGCGCCUUCCAUCUUGUUACGACUACGUCAUGCAUUUCCUCACCGUCUUCUGGAAGGUUCUGUUUGCCUGCGUCCCGCCAACAGAGUACUGGAACGGCUGGGCCUGCUUCUUCGUGUCCAUCAGCGCCAUCGGGCUCCUCACCGCCAUCAUCGGGGAUUUGGCAUCACAUUUCGGCUGCACCGUGGGGCUGCGGGACACUGUGACCGCCGUGGUGUUUGUGGCGCUGGGAACUUCCAUUCCAGACACCUUUGCUAGCAAAGUGGCUGCCAUACAAGACCAGCAUGCCGACGCAUCGGUUGGAAAUGUCACUGGCAGCAACGCAGUCAACGUGUUCCUGGGGAUCGGAGUGGCAUGGUCAGUGGCCGCCGUGUACUGGAGAAUUAAAGGAAAGGAGUUCCGGGUGGAUCCUGGAUCACUGGCGUUCUCCGUCACGCUCUUCACCAUCUUCACGUUCAUCUGCAUGUCCGUGCUAUUGUUCAGACGCCGGCCCUCCAUCGGCGGAGAGCUUGGCGGCCCGAAAGUGUCCCGCCUCCUGACCACCCUCCUGUUCCUGGGUCUGUGGUUCCUCUACAUCCUCUUCUCCAGCCUAGAGGCCUACUGUCACAUCAACGGCUUUUAAAGAGGAGAUGAAGAAUGUUCCAGAAGAAUUUUGCACAGCAGCACACACAAAAUCGUUGACUCUCAGUCCAUUUAGUCCACGGUUUAACACAAAACAAGUGUAAGAUUCAUCUGGUUAAUAGGGCUUCAGAUACAUGUUCACAAACACUACAUUUAAGCAUGUGUAAACAGCGCAUUUUAAACACAUUCAUUGUUACUUGGAA